CAGCUCCCACAAGGCCGCGCGCCGCAGCGACGCGGGCCGGCUUCGGGCCUUUGUGCGGUCUGUGGGCUUCGCGGGACGGCGGCGCCAUGAGCGGUGCGGGCGGGGCGGCGGCGGCGUCCGCCAGCUCCUUGCCGUCUGCGCAGGAGGAAGGCAUGACGUGGUGGUACCGCUGGCUGUGUCGCCUGUCGGGGGUGCUGGGGGCCAUCUCGUGCGCCAUCUCCGGCCUCUUCAGCUGUAUCACCGUCCACCCCCUCAACAUCGCGGCUGGCGUGUGGAUGAUCAUAAACGCUUUUAUCCUGCUGCUGUGUGAGGCGCCCUUCUGCUGCCAGUUCGUGGAGUUUGCAAACACAAUGGCGGAGAAGGUGGACCAGCUGCGCUCCUGGCAGAAAGCCGCCUUCUAUUGCGGGAUGGCUGUCGUCCCCAUCGUCAUCAGCCUGACACUGACCACCUUGCUGGGGAACGCCAUUGCCUUCGCCACCGGCGUGCUGUAUGGACUCUCUGCCCUGGGCAAAAAGGGCGACGCCAUCUCCUAUGCCAGGAUCCAGCAGCAGAGGCAGCAGGCGGACGAGGAGAAGCUGACGGGGAGCUUGGAAGGGGAGCUGUGACGCAGUCAGGGCCCUUUCUCCCCGUGACUGUCCCUGUUCUGUGUGACAUCCAGAGGGACGAGCCUGGAAGAGGAGCCUUCACCUGGCCCCCACAGCCCUCUGUGCUCAUCCUCAGCACCCAGUGGCCACUUUCCCCAGCUGGGCGUCUCCUGGUCCUGACUCGGGGGGCACCGAAGAGCCAGGCAGGGCUCUGAGCAGCCAGGAGACUGCAGCGGGUGACCAGGCCGUGGGACUGGGGGUGAGUAGAGCCCCACAGCUGGCGACCAGUCCACCUG